AUGGAAGUCUCGCUUCACGACAUCGACCUUCUCAAUCGGUACUUUUCGACCAAGACCAUGUUCGAUGUCAAGCUGGACUGUGACGAAGAAGCCAAGCAGGUCCUGCAGGCUAGCUUGACUGAUCCGUCUAUACGGCACGCAGUGUCAUCUCUGAGAGCUCUUCGCGAAGACCGCGAGACUACCGGAGAUGUUCCGGCGUCUGCCGCGCAGCAGACCCCGAGCCAUGACUACGGCCUUCAGCAAUAUUGCAUGGCUCUGGGGGGUGUCGCAUCUACCAUGUCUCUAGGCACCAACGGCUUAAAGUCGGCACUGCUUUGCUGUCAGAUCUUCAUCAGCAUCGAACAAGUGCGGGAGAAUUACGCGGUGAUGGCCCAGCACCUCGUCCGAGGACUCGGGAUCAUGCGCGAGCAUCGAGCACGACCGACAUUUGAUGCCGCGAAUGAGCUGACACCAGCACACCAUGACCAACUCCCUUUUCUGGACGUCUUCAUCAUCAAGUUGUUCGCUGCACCGUGCAGGUUUGCAGAACCUCCAGCACCAGCUGACACGGGUGUGAUUACGGUAUCCGAGUCUUCGGUCUCGCCUCCUGAACAGCGCGCUGCAUCUCGCAAGCUUCGCACGAUCGCACCGGACAUGCGAACAGAGCUUGCGAGAAUCGCUUCAUCAACGCUCGAUUUCCUCGGAAAAGUAUCACGGGUCGACUCGACGGGAGCAGCUCUUCGACUUCGGUCGCAGAAAGCGACGCUGCUGGACUCGUUGGCAUCGUGGCUCGCGGCUCUUGACCCCGUCCAGGCGGAGACCACACCUCCAAGGCCGGAGCUUCUUUCAGUGUCCUUCCUGCGCCUCUUCCACUUGAUCCUGAAAAUCGUCCUCUUGGGAUCCCUCGACUCCUCGCCCGAAGCUUGUGCCGCGCUGCAGACCGAGAAUGAGAGAUUACAGUGUGUUGCCAGCCGGGUGGAUGGGAGGGUCAAGGCGUACAGAUCGUCGGGUGGGACUAGAGGUCGAUAG